AUGAACUUUUUUGGUAAACAACAACAGUCACAGUCACAACAGACUAAGAUAUCGAUAAAUACAUCACAGGGGUUUUUCCCAAAAUUUGGUAGUCAGACAGCUACUCCUACUACAGCUGUAAGUCAAAAUUCUUAUGCAAUGGGUACAACGGGAUUAUCUCAAGAUGCUACUAAUUCUAAUACCACUAACAAUAACGUUGCUAAUUCAAAUAUAAACAAUAAUAUGAAUCAACAACAAAUGAUGAAUUUAGAUUCAAUGAAUGAUGAGAUUAAUAUGGAUGUCUCUAUGAGUAAUAACCAAAAUAAUAAUAUGUCAUACAACAACAAUAAUAAUAACAACAACAAUAAUAAUAACGCUGCCAGACCAUCUGGUUAUAAUGCAAGAGAGUCAUUAACACAAAUGUCAAAUCAUCAAAAGAAAUUUGAAGGAAAUAAUUCAAAUUUGCAUUUACAAUUACAACAACAACAAUAUAAUAAUAAUAAUAUUAAAAAUAAUUUAGCAGCUAUAAUAUCACCAAAGCAAACAUCGUAUCCUGAUUCAGAUAGUAUACCAAGAGGUAAACUUGAAGUUACUAUAAUAGAGGCAAGAAAUUUAUCCACAAGAAAAGAUGGUGCAGAACCUUACGUGGUAUGUACUUUUGAAAGUUCAGAAUUUAUUUCUGAAGGUCCUGAAUCAGUAGGUGUACACAGAAAUGAUAUUGAUAAUAAUAAUCAUCAUCACCAUCAUAUGAACUCUAAUAAUAUUAAGAAUGGAAAAUCCAACUGGUCAUCAUCUGCACUACCAGUCCUUAAAGAGAACUAUAAUACAAGACAAUCAUACAACAACGAUACAAAUUGUAACACUAAUAAUAAUAAUAAUAAAAGUAGCACAAGUAGCAACAGUAGUAGAGGUAAUUCAUCUGAUAGACAUUCCAAUAAUAGUGGAUCGGAUAAUGAAAUUCACUCAGUACAUUCAAAUAGGUCACUUAAUGAGGAUGCAUCAAAUCCAAUAUGGCAUCAUAAGACUACUUUUGAUGUAUUGGGAGCUCAUUCUGAAUUAGAUAUAUCUGUAUAUGAUGCAGCUCAUGAUGAUACGUUUUUGGGACAAAUUAGAUUACGCCCAAACAUUCAUGAUUCUCAAUUUGAACCACAUGAAAAAUGGUACAUUUUACAAAAUCGUAUUCUUGAUGAAACAAUCACUGGUGAAAUAUUAAUCAGAUGGCAAUACAAAUCAACUAAAAAGAGACAUUACGGUCCACAAGAUUUUGAAGUUUUAAGAUUACUUGGUAAAGGUACAUUUGGUCAAGUUUAUCAAGUGAAAAAGAAGGAUACAAAGAGAAUAUAUGCAAUGAAAAUUCUAUCAAAGAAAGUUAUCGUCAAGAAGAAUGAAAUUGCCCACACUAUUGGAGAAAGAAACAUUUUAGUGACAACAGCUACAAAUGCGUCACCAUUUAUAAUAGGGUUGAAAUUUUCAUUCCAAACACCAGCCGACCUAUAUUUAGUAACAGAUUAUAUGAGUGGUGGUGAAUUAUUCUGGCAUUUACAAAAAGAAGGUAGAUUUUCUGAAGAUCGUGCAAAAUUUUAUAUUGCUGAGCUAAUCUUAGCAUUAGAAUAUUUACAUGAUAAUGAUAUCGUUUAUAGAGAUUUGAAACCAGAGAAUAUCUUAUUGGAUGCUAAUGGGAAUAUCGCAUUAUGUGAUUUUGGUCUUUCGAAAGCUGACCUAAAGGAUCGUACAAAUACUUUCUGUGGUACAACAGAAUAUUUAGCUCCAGAGUUAUUACUUGAUGAAACUGGUUACACUAAAAUGGUUGAUUUUUGGUCAUUAGGUGUCUUAAUUUUUGAAAUGUGUUGUGGUUGGUCUCCAUUUUUUGCAGAAGAUAACCAAAAGAUGUAUCAGAAGAUUGCUUUUGGUAAAGUUAAGUUUCCAAGAGAUGUACUAUCUCCAGAAGGUCGGUCAUUUGUAAAAGGGUUAUUAAAUAGAAAUCCAAGACAUAGACUUGGUGCUGUAGACGAUGGAAGAGAACUUAGAGCACAUCCUUUCUUUAAUGACAUUGACUGGGAAGCAUUAAAACAAAAGAAAAUUGCACCACCGUUUAAGCCUCAUUUGAAUUCCGAGACUGAUACUUCUAAUUUCGAUCCAGAAUUCACUCAGGCAUCUACAUCUUACAUGAAUAAACAUCAAUCAAUUGCAGCAACUCCACUAUCACCAGGUAUGCAAGCUAAAUUUGCUGGUUUCACAUUUGUUGAUGAAUCUGCAAUGGAAGAACAUUACUUCAGCAAUAACAGUGUCAACAGAAAACUAUUACAAAACUCAUAUUAUAUGGAACCGGGCUCAUUUAUUCCUGGUAACCCAAAUCUUCCUCCAGAUGAGGAUGUAAUUGAUGAUGACAGUUAUGCAAAUGUUAAUGCAAAUGAUGCAUACAACCAUUUAGAUAAUGGUAAUAGGGGUCGUAUGAACGACCAAAUGAAUAUGGGUAUUGACAUGCAUAUGGAUUACGAUGGAGAUCAACAUAUGGAUGAUGAAUUUGUCAGCGGAACCUUUGAAAUUUAA